GUAUUGCCAAGCUAGUUCUUCUCUAUCUGUGAAUUGAAGACAUACCAAGGAGAAAGAAAGAGCUCUGCGUCCGAAUUCAACAUGACUUUCGCAAAGCUCGAUGAUUCGCCAAUGUUCCGCCAGCAGUUGCAAGCCUUGGAAGAAGGGGCAGAGGCACUGAGAGGAAGAUGUUCUAAGUUUUACAAAGGAUGUCGAAAGUACACAGAAGGGCUUGGAGAAGCAUAUGAUGGGGAAAUUGCUUUUGCAACUGCCCUUGAAACUUUUGCAGGAGGGCAUAAUGAUCCAAUUUUUGCAGCUAUGGGGGCCCAAUGUAUGACGAGAUUCACAAUUGCAUUGAGAGAAAUUGGAACAUACAAGGAAGUUUUGCGGUCACAGGUAGAGCACAUGCUAAAUGAUAGGCUGCUGCAAUUUGUAAAUGUUGACCUCCAUGAUCUCAAGGAAGCCAGAAAGCGUUUUGACAAGACUUCACUUAUAUUUGAUCAGGCUCGUGAGAAGUUUCUGUCACUGAGGAAAAGCACUAGGAUGGAUAUAGCUGCUAGUAUAGAGGAGGAACUGAAUAAUGCAAGAUCUUCAUUUGAGCAAGCGCGCUUCAACCUGGCCACUGCUCUCUCUGAUAUUGAGGCCAAAAAGAAGUUUGAGUUUCAUGAAGCUGUUAGUGGGGUGAUGGAUGCUCAUCUUCGUUAUUUCAAACAGGGAUAUGAGCUACUGCACACAAUGGAACCAUAUAUUCAUCAGGUUUUGGAUUAUGCACAACAGAGUAGAGAAAGUUCAAACCAGGAACAGACGUGUCUGAAUGAGAGAAUACUAGAGUACAGAAGGCAGAUUGAUAGGGAAAGCAGGCAGUCCUUACGUGGUGUGCAUGGUUCUAUUAGUGGUGAUUACAUGCAGCCUUUGGCUAGAAGAUCAAAUAAACUCAUCGAGGAAGUCAUGCAAUCUGCUGCCAAAGGGAAGAUUCAAACCAUUCGUCAAGGAUAUCUUUCAAAACGGUCCUCCAAUCUGAGAGGUGACUGGAAAAGAAGGUAUUUCAUUCUUGAUAGUCGAGGGAUGCUCUAUUACUAUCGCAAACCAUGGAAUUGGUCAACUUCUCCACAGAAGAAUAAUUCCUCUGACAAUAAUGGCACUGGCAUUUUGAGUCGAUGGCUUUCUUCCCACUAUCAUGGUGGUGUGCAUGAUGAAAAAUCUGUUGCUCGUCACACUGUGAACUUGCUGACAUCAACAAUAAAGGUUGAUGCAGACCAGACAGACUUGAGAUUCUGCUUCAGAAUCAUAUCACCUUCGAAAAUUUACACUUUGCAGGCAGAGAAUGCACUCGACCAAAUGGAUUGGAUUGAGAAAAUCACUGGAGUAAUAUCUUCCUUAUUGAGUUUCCAGGCACCUGAGAGGCGUCUGUCAACCAGCCAUAUGAGUGGUGAUGAUCAUUUCUCUGCAAGCGACAGCUGUUCAUUAGAAAGUUAUCCUGACGUCGAUCAGGCAGACCAUUCACCAAGAAUCUUCACUAAUAACUAUUUGCGUGCCCAUAAAAGUUUGCAACCGCAUAAGACGAGUGUGAAGACUGAAAAGCCAAUUGAGAUAUUGAGAAGAGUAUGUGGUAAUGACAAGUGUGCUGAUUGUGGGGCACCUGAACCAGAUUGGGCAUCCUUAAACCUUGGUAUUGUUAUUUGCAUCGAAUGUUCUGGUGUUCAUCGCAAUCUUGGUGUACAUGUGUCAAAGGUUAGAUCACUGACACUUGAUGUGAAAGUAUGGGAACCUUCUGUCUUAACCUUGUUUCAAUCACUGGGAAAUACUUAUGCGAACUCAAUUUGGGAGGAGAUGUUGCCUUCAAAAAUUACUUCUCAGGCUGAUGAUACUCUUAUUGGUUUUUACAAGUCUGAUAGAAAUUCAAUUGAUCCAUCUCUUAUGACAAAGCCCUGUUAUGAUGAUAUGAUUUCUGUAAAGGAGAGAUUUAUUCAAGCAAAGUAUGCAGAAAAACGAUUUGUUCGCCCCAGACAGAUCAGUCAGAAACUCCACCCUGUGGAGCAACAGUUGUGGAAAAGUGUCUAUACUAAUGACAAGCAAGCUGUUUACCGCUAUAUUGUCAGCUUUGAAGCUGAUAUUAAUGCUGUAUCAUGUGAUCAUUCUACAGACAAGCCAUCCUCGAGUAGUUCAAAUUUAUCAAGAAAAAGAGAAGAUCGCCUUGCAGAAAGCAUCCCACAGGGUUGUUCCCUGCUUCACCUAGCCUGUCAAAUUGCUGAUAUUGGCAUGGUAGAGCUACUUUUACAGUAUGGUGCAAAUAUAAAUGCUUCUGAUUCAAAAGGCCAAACGCCACUCCAUUAUUGUGUUAUGAGAGGGAAUCCUGCUAUUACAAAGAUGCUUCUCAUGAGAGGAGCGGAUCCUCAAGCCACUGAUCGAGAAGGUAAAACACCAUCUAAGCUCCUAUCAGAAUCAGCCUUGAAUGACAAUGGGAUGCUUUCUAUGCUUAACUCAGGCAGAUGAUAGUUCUUAUUAAUGGAAAAAGAAAUUAAUUUAUAGGUACGGAAAAGAUUACAAGCAUGGGAUCAAUCCCUCUUCAUAGAUGUAGAUUAGUUCAGUUUUGUGGCUUGAGGUGUAGGAAAUUUGAUUUGUUUUCAUGUGCAUAAACACUUCCCUUCAUAUGCUUCGCUGUAUAGAAUUUUAGGAGGUUGAUAGUAGAUUCUUUUGCUGGUGUAUAUAGGAUUUUAAAUGUAAUUCUGUCAAGGAAACCAUGUCAGCCAUACCUCUGGCUCGAAGAGCUGAAGAAUUCAUUGGUUAAAUUACAGAUUUUAGAUUUGCUUCUUUAGGUUCUUGAUAUAA